AUGUGCGAGUCAGCGUCCAACGCCUCAGACCUUCUGCCAAUCAACUUCGUCGGGACCGCCAUGGCCGCCGUACAGAACGAGGAAGGGAAAUUCCGCAUCUACUUCCAGAACAAAGACUACCAGAUCUUUGAAAUGUCGUUGAAUGACCCAAAGACCACGGUCCACACCCUCGUCAAACUCACCACUAGCGGUAUGCCCGCUGCUCGCAUCAACACGCCCAUCGCUGCGGUGGCGUGCAAGGACUUGCGAGAGAUUCGCGUGUAUUACAUCACUACGACUAGUAGGGUGCAGGAGAUGUGCCACACCCAGGGCAAAGGUUGGGUCAAAGGCGCGGUCUUGGGCACCGCAGCCGAGAACAGCGCCUGCUUGUACGCGCAAGGGUGUCUCACCAAGGAGACUUCGAUCAGGGUCGGGUUCCAGUGUUCCUCUGCUCCCCAGACUAUCACAGAAGCUUGUUACCAUGAGCGCCAGGGAUGGAAGAACCGUGUCUUGUAA